AUUUCCAGAUUGCUGAAUACCAGGUCGGGACUGUAUAGACAAUGGAGUGGGUGGUUGCUCAGAGAACAAGUCAUGCGGAGAAAUAUGGGGAAGACGCGCUCUUCUUGCCCAUCGACCACAGAAAGCUCUAGAGCGAUCUCCUUCCUUCUACAUUCUUCUUUUAACGGUUUCUGGUUUUUGCCUACGGACACGGUGGCCGCCGUUAGAGAGACGAAAGGGAUCAAGUGGACGAAUCUAGAGAGAUGAACCCCCACCGUCUCCAUCUCCAUCUGCUUGUCCCUCUACAAAUACCGUAAUUGAGCUUUCGGGAAAUCAUCAGGCUCGUAUUUCUGCUCGCAUUCGGUCAUCUCCAUCGGCGUCUUCCUCUAUAAGCACCUUAAUUGAUCUUUCGAGGAGCGGAAGGGAGAGGGUGGGUCGUGACGUGAAGGAAGGGAAGAAGAUGAGGGCAUCUUUCUUGUUGUUGGUAAUGGCGUCGUUGUUGGUGGGGUUGGUGUUCCUGCCGGAGACGGCGAGGGGGCUGCUGCCCUACAGUAGGCUAUGGGACAUGAUGGUUCCUCCGGAAGCGGUCGAUCCCUUCAGGAUCCUGGAGCAAUCCCCCUUUACGGUCCCCAAGUCUCUGGAUACGACCGUGACCCUUGCCCAGGCCGAUUGGAAGGAGACCCCUCUUGCACAUUUCAUCACCCUAGACGUCCCUGGGGUGAAGAAGGAGGACAUAAAGAUCGAGGUGGAGGAGGGAAGAGCACUGAGGAUCAGCGGCGAGAGGAAAGGGGAUGAGGAGAAGGAGGCGGAAGGCGACACGUGGCACCGGGUGGAGAGGCCUGUCGGCAAGUUCUGGCGGCAGUUCCGGCUACCCUCCAAUGCCAACUUGGACGCCAUCAAGGCGCACCUGGAGAAUGGUGUGCUCAAGGUAACCAUCCCCAAACUGGCGGAAGCGAAGACGAAGCAACCGAGGGUCAUUGACAUCGUGGAGGAUCGGUCUGCUGGCGACAUCAGGGCCACCAAAGCCGAUCUGUAAUGAAACCGGUAGCUGUGAUUGCUCUGCUCCGGCUUGCUAUGCAUUGCUCUGUUCGAUUAAGUACAGCUAGUUUGUGCUGAAGGAGAACGUUUUUUGUAAUGGAACGGAUUUUGUGAACAAGAAAUAAUAGAGAAGGCUUUUAGUCUUGCUGUUAA